AUUCGCGGAGCAUAGCGAACUCGAUGGCAGCUGACAGUUGUAUAACUGUCAAUGUCAAACAGGCAGGAUGUAAUGCUGGACGUGGAAUCGGCAAGAGGAGCAUGAUUUUAUACGAAUACUGAGAACAAUGUCUAAAAGAAGUCAGCCAAUUUGGUCACGGCCGUUAAAAAAAGAAGAAAGGCCAGUGUUACGGUUAUACAACAGUUUAUCGCGGCAAAAGGAGGAAUUUAUAUGCUCCAAUGGCAACAGGGUCAACUGGUACACCUGUGGGCCCACUGUCUACGAUGCCUCCCACAUGGGGCAUGCCAGGUCCUAUAUUUCUUUUGACAUUCUCAGACGAGUAAUGUCUAAUUAUUUUGGACUGGAUAUUCUGUAUGUGAUGAACAUUACAGACAUUGAUGACAAAAUCAUCAAAAGGGCAAGACAGAACCAUUUAUAUCAAAAGUAUGCAAAAGAAGAGAGAGAUUUGAGUAAAACAAUAGAUGAUGCAACAUCUGUGGUGAAUUACUAUGAGAACAUUGUUAGAAUUACCGGUGACCCGGACAAAAAGGUUGCUAUGCAAAACAUGUUAGACAAUGUAGCAACUGCAGUUCAAGAUCUCAAGUUAGCAGUAGAAUCUAAAAAGAAUGACAAGAUUUCUGAAGCAAAGAAUGCAUUGCUAACAUCAGCAAAAGACCCAAUAUCAGAGUGGUUAGACAGCCAGUUUGGUAGUACAGUCACAGAUAAUGCAAUAUUCACGACAUUACCAAGAUAUUGGGAAAAUGAGUUUCAUAAAGAUAUGAAAGCUUUAAAUGUCCUGCCCCCAGAUGUAUUAACAAGAGUUAGUGAAUAUGUACCACAGAUUGUUAAGUUUAUAGAGAAGAUAAUUGAAAAUGGUCUAGCUUAUGAAUCAAACGGCUCAGUGUAUUUCAAUGUGAGUGAGUUUGACAGCAAGAAGCACCAUCACUAUGCCCGGCUGGUGCCAGAAGCAUACGGAGACACCAACUCAUUACAAGAAGGGGAAGGCGACCUCAGCGCAGACAGCUCGGAGAAGCGGUCCGCCAACGACUUCGCACUGUGGAAGCGGAGCAAGGCGGGCGAGCCGAGCUGGCCGGCGCCGUGGGGGCCCGGGCGGCCCGGCUGGCACAUCGAGUGCUCGGCCAUGGCGGCCGACGUGCUCGGCGACACGCUCGACGUGCACACGGGCGGCGUCGACCUCAAGUUCCCGCACCACGACAAUGAGCUGGCCCAGAGUGAGGCAUACUUCGACAAGCCCGGCUGGGUGAACUACUUCCUGCACACCGGGCACCUGACCAUCGCGGGCUGCAAGAUGUCCAAGUCGCUGAAGAACUUUGUGACCAUCGCCGAGGCACUGCGCCGGUACAGCGCGCGCCAGCUGCGCCUGGCUUUCCUGCUGCACGGCUGGAAGGAGACGCUCGACUACUCCAGCAAUACUAUGGAGAUGGCCAUUCAGACUGAGAAGAUGUUUAAUGAAUUCUUCUUGACGGUGAAGGACGCGAUGCGCGCGGGCUACGACGAGGGCUGCGGCGGCUCGUGGGGCGACGAGGAGCGCGUGCUGGCCGCCAAGCUGCAGGCCACCAAGGAUCAAGUCCACGCUGCCCUCUGUGACAACAUCGACACGCGCGGCGCGCUGGACGCGCUGCGCGAGCUGGUGGCGGCGUGCCACGGCUUCCUGCGCCGCGCCGCGCCGCGCCCCGCGCCGCUGCUCGUGGCGGCCGCGCGCUACGUCACCGACCUGCUGCACGUGUUCGGCGCCGUCCGCGGGCCCCGCGGCGGCAUCGGCUUCCCCGUCGGAGACGGCGACGACGUCUGUCUAGAGGAUGUGGUGAUGCCAUACCUAGAAGCCCUGAGCACAUUCCGAGCGCGUGUCCGAGACGCAGCGCGAGCGGUCAAGGCCGCCGAUGUCCUGGCGCUGUGCGACCAGCUGCGCGACGUCGACCUGCCCGAGCUGGGCGUGCGGCUCGAGGACAAGCCCGACCGCACAGUGGUGAAGCUGGUCAGCAAAGAAGAACUGAUGCGAGAAAAAGAAGAGAAAAAACGAAUAGAAGCAGAGAAGCUUAAGAAGAAGCAAGAACUCGCCGAAGCGCAGCGGCUCAAGGACGAGCAGAGAAAGGUCCCACCCGGGGACAUGUUCCGCAAGGAGCUCGACAAGUACUCGCAGUUCGACGACAAGGGUAUUCCAACACACGAUCACGAAGGUAAGGAGUUGAGCAAGGGACUCGUCAAAAAGCUGCAAAAGCUACAACAAGCUCAGGAGAAGAAAUACAACGAGUACUUAGCCUCCCUCAACGCUACCAGUGGUUAGAAUUGAUUCCUUCAUACUUUAAGCGCGACUUUGCAGCCUAGAGACUGAAAUUGCAUUCUCUCUAAUGGCAUGUGUCAACCGCAAGAUGUCUUGGUAUUCUAGUCUGCUAGUCAGACUAUAGUUUGCGACAUCUAAGUUCACACAUUUGACACAUGACAACGCCCAUAUAACGUAAACGCGCAUGACCCAUGGAAAUUAUAAAUAUAAUCCCGUAAUAAUAUUAGGGCUGUCAUGUACUUAAAACUCACACUGCGUGAUAAAUUAUCGUAAAAUAUUAUAUGUGUAGUACUAUGUCUUUUCUUUUUUAAAAGCAGUGUUGUGGCCGAGUCUGUCGUUUCGAUUCAUAUAUCGAUUGAAAAAAGGUUAAUUAUAGUACAAACGAAACAAUACAAACAAAUAAUACAACCAUGCAAAAAUCGGCUGUAAAAUCGAUUCGGAUUUGACUAAUUCGUUAAUCGCUAGAUUUGACAAACAAUACGUCUAAGCCUCAUCACUACAAACUUCAACAGAAAACUUUCAAAAGUGUGAACUUAGAUCUCACAAACUAUAGUUUACCUGAUGUCAUCUUUUUUAUAUUUUGGGCCACAAUUUCAUUAUUUGGGAUUAAAUACAACCAUUGGCAACAGAUACAGCCCACUCCAGGCGUGGUUUGUAUCCUAAAUGACUGGUUCACCAGUUCUGCUUAUAAAUCUACAAAGUCUAAAAUUCAAAGCUUAUGUUUAAAGUGGGUACUUGUUUGCAGCCGCAUAUGUUUCCGUUCAGAAUUUAGUACGUCAUAUUACAAACAACUUGUCUGUCAAAUUAUUUCUGAUAAUAGUAGUAAUUGUUUAGCAAUAUCAAAAUGUAUCGUGGUAAAAUGAUGAAUGAAUAUAACGCGGCGGAAUAAGAAGUGCCUACUUAUAAUUAACGAUUUUCAUAAACUAGAACCAAGGUAUACCGCAGUUGCCUGCGAUGGAAUGCGCAGACCUGCAUUUAAUUGUCACUAUUUCAUUCUCAUAUAUAUCAUUAACUGGCUGUAUCAGUUUGUGGUUAGGAAGAAGAAAAUUAAUUUAUUCUUAGUAAAUAUUAUGGUAAUGUCAACGGGCUUUAAAACAACAAAUAAUGGUAUGGUAUAGUAUGGCAAAUACUACUUGUCAGUCACUAAGAACCAGGAAAAUUAUACUUUCUUUUGGUUACUUGUACUAGCGUAAGACAAAGGCAGUAUGAUUCUCUCUAUGUUUGAAAUGAGACAGUCUUGGGCCAAACUAUAGUAAAGCUCGAUAUCAAAGCAAUAAUUGCAAUUGCGAAGGAACUUUCAACAGUGCUUUGAAUCAAAUAACCAUUGAUAAAGAAAAAACAACAUUCAAAUAACGUUCACAUUUCACGCUGUACAUGCUAUACUCGUAUACCUUCACUUAAACGAAAUACAAAUAAGACCAUGGAAAAUAAGAUCUAAACAGUAUUACAAUCAUUGCCUACAUAUGCGUUGCAUUAAGUAAACGAAACAGUUGAUUUUGUGUAAAUCGAAUUUUAACUAAUUUUAUACUUACAAUAAAAAGUAUUGGGAUAUUA